UCGAGCGAGACAGUUGUGUGCGCGGCGGUGUUGGAAAACCGAACUCGAAUCCGAAUCUCUGGAAAGCCAACCAAGCUCAGGCCAGAAUCCACAAUCGACUCGAAUCGAAACGAAUCGAAUCGCCACAAAAACAAAAAUAAAACAAAACAGAUCUGACAACAUGAAGUUCGUGAUUUUGCUGUGCGUGCUGAGCGCGUUGCUGCUGCAAAUUGAGGCGUCCCCCCUUCAGCGACUUUCGAGGAGCGAGCGGGCUGUGUCCCGUCAGCAGGCGGUCAACAAUGAGGUGGCUCCAGCGGUCGCUCCCGCCAGCGAAGAUGAUGAUGACGAUGACGACGAGGACGACGACGAUGAGCCCGAUCUAGGAGAUCUGAUCGAUGACGAUGAGGAUGAUGAUGAGGAGGAGGACGAUGAUGAUGACGAGGAGGAUGACACGCCUCAGGGUCAGGCUGCUCCAGCGGCCGCAGCCAGCGAUGAUGACGAAGAGGAGGACGAUGAUGAUGACGAUUAUCUGGACAGACUGUUCGACGACAUCCUGGGCGAUGAUGAUGAUGAGGAUGACGAUGACGAUGUGGCGCCCGCUGCCACCGCCCAGCAGAGCGCUGUGGCCGCCGCUCCCGCCCAGACUCUUGAUGAGGUCGCACCCGCUGCCGCCUCCUCCGUGGCCGCCGGAAUCUCCGACGGCGUCGAUCUGCCCGCCGAGUCCGGAAACGCUGCCGAUGCCGUGGCCGCCGGAAAUGCCGCCGAUGAGUCCGUUUCCGCUGCCGUUGCUCCGGCGCAGUCCGCUGCCGCCAGCAACAACGAAGGUAUCGCCGCUGACGAUGACGAGGAGGCCGACGAUGAUGAUGACGAUGACGACGAUGACAUUAUCGGCGAUGACAUCAUCGAGGCCCGCCGCGAAGCACGUGACCUGAAGAACAACGUCAUCGAUAUGUCCACGGAUGCUUUCCAGGCCCGCCACAACCACUUCAUCGACGCCAUCUUCUCGAGAAUCAAUCGCAUUGUGUCCGAUAACUACGAUCCCUAUGUGGUUAACCUCACUGGUCGCACGGCCGCGACAAAUGCCGCCGGUGGGUCAACGGUCAAGGCCGCCAACAAGAAGCAGUCCACCAACAGCAAGGUCGGAGGUCACAAGAAGCUGAAGAACACGCGCUCAGAGCCUCGUUCCGGCAAUGCGAAUCAGGCGGCUCGGGAGGCUGCGAUGAAGCUGCAGGAGCAAUUGACGCAAUUACAGUCCGAGCUGGCCAUCAAAGCCGUUGAGAAGAGGCUUAGUGAGGCGGUGACCUCUGACCCCGCAGCCCCGGCAUCCCCAGCCUCCGAUUCCGAGUCACCGAAGGCGGAAACGCGCACCGUUUCGUCCCCAAAAACGAGUCAAAAGAAGUCCUCGAACAAGGCAAACACGAAAAAGGCGGCUGGCCUGAAAUCGGGCAACUACAAUCAGCCAGCGGGAAGCAGCAAGGCAGGAGCCGCCGGGUCAGGAGUUCAGGUGGAGAAACUCCAGAAGGCCGAGGGCAGGCUCUCGGGACUGGCAUCCUUGAAGCGGGUGGGCAAUGUGAAGGUGAUCAGCGAUGCCGAGGGUCGCAACUCCACGAUCAAGGCCAAGUUCACCCUGGGUCCCUUGGUCCUGCGGGUGGAGAAGUCCUUCAAGAAGGGCAGCGUGAGGAGCGUGAAGAGUGCCACGGCCAGGACGAACGAGAUGAUGGGACGCAUCAAGUUCAGUGUGCUCGAUGAUCGGGCCACCCUAAUGUCCAUCAAGGUGCAGCAGCCCAAGCAGGUGGAGGUGGAGAGCAAGGACAAUCACGACCGCACCCGCGAAUUCGUGUGGCGACGCACGCCCAAAAUCGCCAAAUUGGUCAACGAGAAGCUCAAAUUGGCAGCCGAGUCCUUGUUCGCCCCUCAGGGCGUCGAGGUUGUCAGGCUCUGAAUGCAAAAGGGAUCCCAGGAGUGUCCUCGAGGAUAAAAGCCAUUUCUCACUGCUCUGCUCAGCUGUAGUCUACGCCUAAUUGUAAUGCCUAAUUUAUUUAUUUAUUUAACUUAUUUACCCAUCUAUUUAUCAAGCCCAUCUAUCGAUAAUAAAUCAACUCUGU